UAGAUGGAUUACUAACUAAUAGUGCCGUACCAAAAAGCUCAGAUCAACCAGAAUGCAUUUGCUAAAGCACUAUUUUCAAUCUGUAUCAUUUUUGUAAACUUUCUAAAGGUUCUGACGGCUGUCAGGUGUCUGUUGCUCGGACUCUUCUCCAUCAGGUGUUGCUUCGACCUCCCAAGCGAUGGGCAGACCUGCAUCCCGUCAUCCAAGAGCCGUGUGUUGGAGGGAGUCCAGCAGCUAUUGCAUAUAAUCCCCCUGCACGCUCUCCACAUCCACAGCCGGGUUGUUGUUGUUGCCAUGAGGACGGCCGAGUCGGAGAGGCAACCGAGCUGCAGCAUCACGCUUCCUCGGGAGUUUGCAUUCUCACAAUGGGGUGUCAGGGAGAGGAGGAGGAAGCUUUCUUGUUGCUCCUUGCGUGUUUGCUCUCCCGAACUGCUUGUUCCACUUGGCUGCGGCGUCUGAAUCAUCUCUGCUCAUAUUCACUACAGACAACAACAGCAAGAAAAGAGAUUCGCAUUUAAAAAGUGAGCGACUAGACUGACAAGCAGUUUGAUUUGAAGAAAAGGCAGGUCUCCAGAUGUUUAAGGGGACUGCAGCCCACCUGUGUUUGUACUGGAGGGCUGUGUACCUGCUGGCUGCAGGGGUGGCGCUACCGUCCGAAUCCCUCUGGCUGUGUCCACCAUCCUGUCGCUGCAACGCCGCUGCUCUGGAGGCAAACUGCUCCGGCGCUCAGCUCAGUGCCGUGCCUGACGGUCUCCCCCAAGAUGCCGAGCUGCUCAACCUGACCCACAACACGAUCAAGACUCUGGUGAAUCAGCAGUUUCAUAAACUAACUCAACUUUUACACCUCGAUUUAAGUGACAAUCUAUUGGCGCUGAUUGAAGUGGAAGCCUUCCUUGGCCUGCAGAAUCUGCUCACGCUGCGUCUUUCUCGCAAUCACCUCAGGAUCAUCUCCGUGGGAGUGUUUGCUGGUUUGACGAACUUGCAGUUGCUAGAUAUAAGCAGCAAUAAAAUUCUUGUCCUCUUAGACUUUACCUUCACAGACUUAGGAUCUCUGCAGGUUUUUCUAGCAGACAAUAACGACUUUGUUUUUAUCUCUAAUCAAGCCUUCGCCGGGCUGAGUGGCCUACAGAGGCUGGAUCUUGACGGCUCUAACCUCACUGUUGUGCCAACCGAGGCGCUCACUCAGCUGAUUGUGUUAAAAAGCCUUCACAUUCACCAGCUGGACCUCAACUUGCUGCCAAACUACUCUUUCUACCCCCUGCUGCACCUAAAGGAGCUCGUCGUUGCACAUUUCCCCAGGCUGGAGACUCUGUCAGGAAACAGUCUCUUCGGCCUCAAUCUUACAUCCUUAUCCAUCAAGCACUGCAACCUUAAAGAGGUGCCAUACACUGCUUUGCAUCACCUUGUUUACCUCGUGUCCAUUGACCUUUCUUUCAACCCUAUAACCCACAUCCAUGGGAACCUGCUUGGAGACUUACUCCGGCUCCAAGAGUUUCAUCUCGUCGGUGGCUCGCUGGCAAGCAUCGAAACUGGAGCAUUUAAAGGUUUGGGAUAUUUAAGUGUGCUGAAUGUUUCACGAAAUCUUCUCACUACUCUCGAGGCAGGGUCUUUCCAUUCAGUGGUCACCUUAAAAAGCCUGGGGCUCGACAACAACCCCCUCGCUUGUGACUGCCGCCUGCUUUGGGUGGCUCGAAGGCGGCUGUAUGUGAACUUUGGUGGGUGUCUGCCGACCUGCAUGACUUCCACCCAGCUGCAGGGCUGGAAUUUUCUGGAGUUCUCCGAGGACGAACUACCGAGCCUGCUCACCUGCCGGCAGGCUCGGAUUGUGGACCAGAGGCCUCAAGAUGUGAGAGUGAGUCAAGGACACUCUGUGGUGUUUUACUGCAGCUCGGAAGGUGACCCCCAGCCAUCUGUCAGCUGGCUUAAUCCCCAGCUAAGGCAGGUUUCACCUGUUGGCAGGAUACGGGCCCUCUCCAACGGCUCCCUGGAGGUGCGCUACGCUCAGCCACAUGAUAGCGGCACUUAUAUCUGCGUGGCAUCCAAUGCAGCGGGAAAUGAAAGCCUGCGCGUCAGCCUUCAUGUCCAAGCCUUGCCAUCAUCUCCUAAAAAACGCUAUCGUCUUAAAGGCUGGCCUGCCUUUCCUUCCUCUCCCCCUGGAGUGGAUGGAGAUGAGAAGCUCCCGUUUGAUGUGAAGACUCUUCUGAUAGCAGCAACGAUCGGAUUCGUCUCAUUCUUCGGCUCAGUGUCCGUGUGCUUCGUUUUCAUGUUCUUCUGGAGCAAAGGAAAGGGGCAAAUCAAGCACACGGCAACGAUCGCCUACGUGCCACGCAGCGCCAUGUCCAACAGCAACACAGGGACGUCAAACUACAUGGAGACGAGCAGGUUCACCAUGAAACUCUUAUGAGUCCGUUUGAUAAACCGGAAAAAAUGUUUUUCAUAAGGUGUGGCAGGAUGAGAAGAAAUAAAAUGCGUUUGACUAUUUGAAAUGUUUGGAUUUAAUGUAAGAAAUUAUUACCUUUUACUGACUGCUAUGUACUUUUAGCAGUGCCUGACAACUUUAAUGAAUCAGAGCAUGACAUAUUACACACAUUGUGAGGAUUUUAAGUUGAGUUUCCAACAAAAUCUAUAUUGACAAGGAUUCUUUUUGUUCUUGUUUCCUCUUGGAAAAGAAAAACACUGCAUGCCAUUAAAAACCUAGCAGCACUGACAGGGAAUAAAUAAAAUGUGGAAAGAUUAAGACAUAAAAACAAAAGAUGUGUCAAUCAGAUUUUUUUCUGGCUGAUACUUAUUUCUGGUUUACUUUCAGCUGCCUGUCCUGAUUUUUGUCAGAUUAUGUCUGAUUUUGAAGACAGUUUUUUUCUCUCAUUAUUUCUGUCAUUUAGCCAGUAGACAUCAUUUUCGUCAUUCUAACUGACCUAAAACAAACAAAGUUUGGUCUGAUUUAACUCCAGACAGUGAGACAGAAAAUAGUCUUUUUACUCAGAGUAAGUAAACUUCUGGUUUCAGCUGUUAAAGAGCCACUUUAAUUGAUUCUCAGGUAUCGCUGGAUCCUGCAGUUUGUGUAUUUUAUGCAAAUACUGUAAAAUGAAUAGCAAGUCUUUUAAUGGAUCCUUUACUGUUUAAGUUAAUUAUAAUGCUGAUUAACUUUUCAUCCAAACUCCAUGACUUCUGUUUGUAAGAAUAUGCCAUAAAACAGAUGUGGAUUUGUCUUAGCUGCCUUUAAAAAUGGGAAACACAGGGAAACAUGUCAUUCAAAUGAGCCACUUUUGUUAAUAUUAAUAAGUCAGGAAAAUGGCUACAAAACUGUGCCUAAUCUUACAAAUACCUCCAGUCAAAGUUAAACAUUUAGAACUGGAACUGUGAAAUGGUGCUGGAGAAAGAGAGAAAUUUGUUUUAAGGCUUUUCACACAUGUUUACCAUUUACCAAAUAAAUAUAUAAACUGUCAAAGAAAGAAAGAUUAACUAAUACAAUGGCUUGCUAACUUGUGUUUUUGCUUGCUCUUUAAAGGAGGAGUAUAAUGGCCAAUUAUGUAACUUGUGAUUCUUUUUAGACCUUGGAUAAAAUGCCAACAGGGAUCCUGGCCUUAUAUUAAGGUUAUGGUAUUUCUCAAUGAUUACGGUUUGUUUUAUUAAUAUUGUCACAUGCAUUGUACAUUAUUCAACAUGUUUAUGGAACAAUGUUUCUUUUAAAUACCGGAGGGCUGCAUGAAUUGAAAUGAUUAUUCACUGAAAAAUAUUGAUUUGGGUCUCUUUCCACCGAUGGACAUUUGAGUUUCAGAGUGAGUACUGUGGGAAAGAAGACGUUGUUUUGCUCAGCAUCCAAAGGGUAGACAAUCGGUUCUGAGCUUACAACUUUCAAUUUCUGCUCCCAUGUUUAGGACAUGUUUUACUACAGCAGUAAUCAGAGGCGUCCACCAGAGAGUGGAGCUAGCUCCACAUGCUGUGAACACAGAAACACUCCUUUAACGACACACAUGUGUUUGUGAAAAUAAAAUAAACGACUGCUUUUAACAACUGA